AUAAAUUUUGUAAUCAUUUCGAAUAAAGACUUCAAUAUGGACAUGAAAAAAACGUGUAACAUUUGAGAAACACGGGUUAAUCGAAGUUUAGCUUGUGAUCAGGAAUCAGGAAGCGAUUGGGCGCCCCAGACAAACCGACUGACCCCCUUACCUUCCCUGAAUUACUACUUCUCUGUGUAUUAGGCCUCUUUACUGCCAUACCGUAAUCACAAACAUUUAUUGACCUCGUCGGGUUCGAUGUUCACUCUGCCCGACCGACGGUCAACAAUGUUCAUAGGAAAAGCCAGUCUGGAUUAAAAUGAGGUUUUCUAUUUUCCACUGCUUUCUGUGGGUCUUUGGAUUAAUACAGUUUGGAGAUGCACAGACCAGAUUUCGGAACCCAUGGAUUAACGUGGUCCGCCGGCACUCCUGUUCAAUUGUGGAAUGUAAUUUUGGAGAGACCUGCGACCUUUCCUAUCAGAACUGUCGUGAGUCGGGGCCGUGCUUUUUAAAGGAACCCUCCUGUGUUGGUGUCUUUGACCUGCCUCGAGAGGGAACAUGCCCAGAUCCUCGUCUGAACAUGAUUCAGCAGUUUUCAGUGGACUGUUUUGACGAUGCCGGAUGUGACGCACCACAGAUCUGUUGUCACAGUUUCACUGGAAGUUACUGCUGGUUUCCAAGGACUCGACAAACGGUCCGCUCUUUAAUCCCUCGAUUUACAAACAGGAGUGUACAGAGAAUAGCAGAGAAUGGCACAUUUGUGGAAACCCCACGUGACGAUGGCGGCGAUUUUUUCCCGCCAGAACCACGCUUCAUUGGUAACCUGCCUGUUUUCCAAGAACGGCGGGUAGAAAAUAACGGCAAUGAUAAUACUGUGUUUAUAUUUAGAGACCCCCAGUUAUCGAACGAGAGGAUCCUCUCUGCUGGGGGCAGGGGACAAGACAACAACUUCUUGGGGAACCAGUCACCAAACAAUCGGCUGAUAUCAGCAUUCCGUGAGACACAACAGGAUAUGGACUCUGGAUUUUCCGUGUUUUCUGAUCUACCAGGAACAAAUGUUUUGAACUCAAUAGAAACAAGAAUUCCAAACGAAUUCACCACUGUUCAGGCCAACAACGGAUUGAUACCGGCCACUCAAACAAACAGACAGGUUGUGCCAUUCCGUCGCCCUAAUUCAGGACUCUCUAUUCUCCGGAACCGGAGACGGGACAUAGGAACAAAUCUUUUCCCGGAUCAAUCUGGUGCUACCGUGUUAAUGGAGAAUCAGCCGAUUGAUAGCAUCAGAAGAGCUAAUGUAAGAACUAGGCCCAUAUUAAUUCGCCCGGGCCCCAAUUUAUGAAAUAAAACUCGAAGGCCUGGAAUUUGAAUUAACUUUUCUGUUGUAUUUGAUAAGUAUUUAAGUUCACCAAGAUAUAUUUUAAAUGUACGACUGUUUACUGCAAUUUAUAGAUUCUACGUUAGCGCUAGAAUGAAUGAAAUGAUAUAUCAUUUGUAUGUGACAAAUAUCUGAAACACAUAUCUGUUUAUAUAUAUUUCGUUGUUGUGUGUGUAUAUGUCAUUAUAUAUACAUAACAAUUAUUUUAAAUUAAACAAAUCCGUUACAUGAAAAACUU